GUGUCAGCGUGUGUCAGAGUGCGAUGUGGUUUAUCGGCAUGGCACAGCGGCCGACCCUUCGUAUUCCACAAUUCAUGUAAGAAUGACAACCAGUAGGCUACGGUGAAAGCAGAAAUUCAUAUUUCAAGUGUGACCCACAUAAUGACGAAGGAUGGAAGUGGUUGGGCUUAUUUGAACAUACAUUUUUAGAGUGCGGUACUACCAGUGCCUGUUUUACUGCGAAAACACACUGCUAAACCAGCGAGAAGAGAGGAAGGAGGGAGUGUCUAUUUGUCGGGUGGCUUAUUGCACUGAAGCUUCUCUCCAUCUCUCUCCAUCUCUCAGCCUUCCCAGCAAAGACGCCAACGGAGAGAAUAUCUGGGAGAAAUCGGACAGCGUAAGGAUAGGAAAGACCCAGUCUGAGCCAGUUGUCAACGCCAGUGGAAGAGCCUCUGCCUGAGCUUUGCGGACCUUGCUUUACCUCCUAUCUUUCCACCUGGGUCACUGGAUCUCCUGACAACACCACUUUCUUAGCUCUUCCCCAAGACACGGCUCCAUACCCCGGGGUGCUAACCCUGUCCAUCUCCCUCUGGUUCCCUGGACCCACUUCACCCUCACCUCUCCCCCAGCAACCCUUCCCUGGGCUGAGAUAGAGAUGUCUGUGCCCUCGGCCCAUGAGUUUCACUGGCAGAGCCUGGCACGGCUGCCCAGCGGGCGUGUCUACCACUCCCUGGCGGAGGUGGGGGGGCAGAUGUACAUGCUGGGGGGCUGUGAUGCUGCAGGGAGGCCCUCCCCAGCCCUUGAACUCUACUCUCCAGAGGGGGAUCGGUGGCUGAGCCUUCCCCCCAUGCCCACCCCACGGGCGGGUACGGCCGUGGCGGUGCUGGGCAAGCAGAUCCUGGUGGUGGGCGGUGUAGGGGAUGACCAGCGCCCUCUGAAGGUGGUAGAGGUGUACAACACAGAGGAGGGGAGGUGGAGGAAGAGGAGCGCCCUCAGAGAAGCACUGAUGGGGGUGGCCAUCAUUGUGAAAGAUGGACGUGCGUUGGCUGUAGGGGGUAUGGGUGCAGACCUGCUCCCCCGUAGUAUACUGCAGCAGUAUGACAUGAGGAAGGACGUGUGGGCACUACUGCCCCCUAUGCCCACACCGCGGUAUGACGCUACCGCACACCUGCUGGGCAACAAGAUCUACGUGGCAGGUGGGCGUCAGUGUAAACGCACGUUGAAGGUCUUCGAGGUAUACGACUCAGAGACACGCUCCUGGACUACACUACCCAGCAUGCCGUGCAAACGUUCGUAUGGGGGCAUGUUCUGGGACAGUUCGGGGAGGCUGUGUCUGCUGGGGGGGCUGAGGAAGGGAGGAGGCCACCAGAGCUCCAAAUUCACCAAGAACGUCAACAUCUUUGAUACUAAUCAGGGGUCAUGGCUGAAGUCAGAGGACACGGUGGCCAUGAAGACUAAGAGGGCUGACUUCGCCUCAGCUUUCCUCAGGGGCAGGAUGGUUGUAGCAGGAGGACUUGGUCACCAACCCUCAGUUCUCGACACGGUGGAAGCCUUCCACCCUCAGAAGAGGAAGUGGGAGAGACUGGUUCCUAUGGCAAUGCCACGAUGCUCCGCCUCCUCCAUCGUCAUCAGGGACCGCCUGCUGGUGGUUGGAGGAGUUAACCAGGUCCCUAGUUCAGCCCAUGAGAUCCUGUACGUGAAAGAGGAGGAGUGUCUGUAGGCUCAAGGACAUGCCCCUUACAUGAUGAUAGACAGCAGGAUGACAGCAAGAAGAUUCCUGGAACAUUCUAUUCAAGAUCAGUGGCUCCAGUGCUUUCAGAACGGCUGCUGGUCUUGGACAAGUGCAAUAUUUUCCAAAGAUCUACAGCAGAAUAGUAAGGAAGGGGAAGUCAUGCCACAAACACAGAACAUUGCUCUCUGCUGGGUUGUCUAUACACACUCAAACAAACACAGAUUAGAUCCCACACACAGAAUUGAUCCCAAUAAUAACCAUACUGACUCACAGCAUCCAAAUAUACUCUACACAGACGAGGAGCUGGUUUUCUCUGUAAAUAAGUUAUAUAUACGAGUUUUAGUAAUGAGAAGAUUCCUCUGCACUGUGUGUGUGAUAUCCCUUUAGGGCAAGGCUCUCCAACCCUGUUCCUGGAGAGCUACCGUCCUGUAGGUUCACUUCAACCCUGUUCCUGGAGAGCUACCAUCCUGUAGGUUCACUCCAACCCUGUUCCUGGAGAGCUACCAUCCUGUAGGAUCACUCCAACCCUGUUCCUGGAGAGCUACAGUCCUGUAGGUUCACUCCAACCCUGUUCCUGGAGAGCUACAGUCCUGUAGGAUCACUCCAACCCUGUUCCUGGAGAGCUACAGUCCUGUAGGUUCACUCCAACCCUGUUCCUGGAGAGCUACAGUCCUGUAGGUUCACUCCAACCCUGUUCCCGGAGAGCUACAGUCCUGUAGGAUCACUCCAACCCUGUUCCUGGAGAGCUACCAUCCUGUAGGUUCACUCCAACCCUGUUCCUGGAGAGCUACAGUCCUGUAGGUUCACUCCAACCCUGUUCCUGGAGAGCUACCGUCCUGUAGGUUCACUCCAACCCUGUUCCUGGAGAGCUACCGUCCUGUAGGAUCACUCCAACCCUGUUCCUGGAGAGCUACCGUCCUGUAGGUUCACUCCAACCCUGUUCCUGGAGAGCUACCGUCCUGUAGGUUCACUCCAACCCUGUUCCUGGAGAGCUACCGUCCUGUAGGUUCACUCCAACCCUGUUCCUGGAGAGCUACCGUCCUGUAGGUUCACUCCAACCCUGUUCCUGGAGAGCUACCGUCCUGUAGGAUCACUCCAACCCUGUUCCUGGAGAGCUACCGUCCUGUAGGUUCACUCCAACCCUGUUCCUGGAGAGCUACCGUCCUGUAGGUUCACUCCAACCCUGUUCCUGGAGAGCUACCGUCCUGUAGGAUCACUCCAACCCUGUGCGUGGAGAGCUACCGUCCUGUAGGUUCACUCCAACCCUGUUCCUGGAGAGCUACCGUCCUGUAGGAUCACUCCAACCCUGUUCCUGGAGGGCUACCGUCCUGUAGGAUCACUCCAAUCCUGUUCCUGGAGGGCUACCGUCCUGUAGGUUCACUCCAACCCUGUUCCUGGAGAGCUACCGUCCUGUAGGAUCACUCCAACCCUGUUCCUGGAGGGCUACCCAGUUAGAACUGGGGUUGGAGUGAUCCUACAGGACAAUGGCU